CAACUUUGUUAUUCACCUUGAUCCAGCUCAUGAAUCGGCCAACGUUUCCUCCCAGGGCUUCUCCAACACUCUCCAAAACAGUGGAUCGUCCUAAACCCAACGGCUCAAUCUUUAGCGCUUCACCCCGCGGGAUACAGGGCAGUGGGGGCACGCUAACACUGGCUCUACCACUGCGGAUAAAGAUUCUCUCUUCUUUUUUUUGCUGUCAUGGGGGCAUUGCACGUCAUGGGAUGUCUCGUCGCGGGGCAUUUCGAUGUUAUCGUGGGGCGCCUUUUCCGAGGCCAUCUCGGUCCUCUCUCCGCGAUAUUAGUUUGAGAAUCAAUUAGGGAUUGUAGUAGAAUAGCUUCUGUCCAAUCCGAUAUUUGGUCGACAUCGGCCCUGGCUUGAAUGUCCUUGUUUAGCUCCGCCCUUUACUAACCCCCCUCUCGCUCUCGUCUUGAUCCAUUAUCUUCCAAUAACUUUUGCAUCUGCAACACUGGCCAUUUUCUGCAUAUUCCUGUCACAAUAGUUCACCAAUUACUCAAUUGCUCUUCUUUAAUCAUUCCCUUCAUCAUACCACCACCUUCGCCUCUCUUAUACCUUCAUCAUGGCAACUGAGCGUGUCAAGGCCUCCGUCCUCCACGGCGAGAAGGAUCUCCGUCUGGAAGAACGUGAACUUCCGGCACCCUCAAGCAACGAAGUCCAGGUCGCCGUCAAGUCAACCGGCCUCUGCGGCUCCGAUCUUCACUACUACAACCACUUCCGCAACGGCGACAUCAUCGUUCGCGAACCUCUCACCCUCGGCCAUGAGUCUGCAGGCACAGUCGUAGCCGUCGGCUCAGACGUUACACAUCUCAAGCCUGGCGACCAUGUCGCGCUCGAGGUUGGUCUUCCUUGUGAGGCUUGUGAGCUCUGUGGUGAGGGUCGUUACAACAUUUGCCGUGGAAUGAAGUUCCGCAGCUCAGCGAAGGCCAAUCCUCAUGCGCAGGGAACUCUACAGGAGAGAAUCAACCACCCUGCUAAGUGGUGCCACAAAAUGCCCGAACAUGUUACUCUCGAUCUCGGCGCUCUCGUUGAGCCUCUCUCAGUCGCAAUGCACGCCCGUGAUCGCGCCGCUCUCCCCAAGGGCUCAACAGUCCUCGUUCUCGGCGCCGGUGCCGUCGGUCUUCUCGCAGCCGCUGUCGCAAAGGCCGACCAAGCCAAGACCGUCAUCAUCGCCGAUAUCCUCAAGGACCGCCUUGACUUUGCCAUCAACAACGGCUUCGCCGAUGCUUCAGUAGUCGUUCCCAUGGAGCGACCACAAACUAUUGAGGACAAGCUCGCCUUUGCUCAGAAGGUCGCUGCUAUGGUGAAGGAGACACAGGUCAACGGAGAGGCUGUCGGUGAGGCUACAGCUGUGUACGAGUGCACUGGUGUAGAAACCUGUGUGCAAACAGCCAUCUACGCUACCAAGCCUGGAGGCAAGGUCAUGAUUAUUGGCAUGGGAACUCCCGUCCUCACCAUCCCCAUUUCGGCCGCUGCUCUUCGCGAAGUCGACAUCGUGGGUGUCUUCCGUUACGCCAACACGUACAAGGAGAUCAUUGAGCUUCUGGCCAACCCUCCUGCCAAAAUGCCUGACGUGAGCCGUCUGGUCACUCAAAGAUACAAGGGCAUGGAGAACAUUGAGGAGGCUUUCAAGAUGGCUGGCAAGGUGAGAGAUGAGCAAGGCAACCUUGUUAUCAAGGUUGUUGUGGACUUCAACGAAAAAUGACUAAAAGGUCGGUUGUAAAUUAAUAACGGUUGUGGGUGUUAACAGUGAGGGUUUAAUGAAUGGGAUAAAAGGCGUGUUGUAUGGGGUCUUGAAGAUUAUAGAUACCUAGUUUCUGGCAAAAUGAUGAGAUGUUUGACAAGUUAAUACUGCACCUUGACCUUUCUCGCUGCUAUACUUGACUUGUCUGACUGAUGAGUGAACAUACCUAUGGAA